AUGGGUAGAGAUGGUAAUAGAAGUCAAAGUGCAGAUGAGUUUAUCCUCAAGCUUACCGAAACUAUAACUGGGAUUAUCGAAGAGAAAUAUAACGAAAAAAUUGCCAAACUCGAAGAAGAAAAUCAAAGUAUUGUUAGAAAACUUCAGCAGCAGGAAGAGACAAUCAAAUCUCUUGUUAAUCACCAAAAGAAACAGGAACAAAUGGGGAGAAGCACCAACCUUAGAAUUUAUGGAGUUCCUGAACCAUCGGGUCCUGAAAAUUUGUCUAAAACUAUGCUUGCUAUAUUUACAACUACAAUGCAUCUGGAAUUAGAUGAAAGAAGUAUAGAGUUCUGCUAUCGACUGAACAAGAAAGAAACCCACAAAAGUACUUAUCAAGGACAAUGGAUGAGAGGUAUGCGACAUGGCUAUGGUAUAAGGAAGAGCGCCCCCUUCGGCAAGGCGUCGAAGUACAGGGCGAACAAAACGCUGAGGGCGUCGUUAACAUCGUUACGCAGCAACGAAGGUGCUCAAGCUGGUGGUCCAAACCCCGAGUUGACAGACAAGAGAGACCGAAGGGUGGACGAUUCACGGGGAGGUUUUGUAUUGAAGAUGAGUUCUGCUGAGCCAACAGCUCGACGAAGAUCCUUGGGGUCGGGGAAUGUGAAGAAGGGACUGUUUACUGGACUGAAACUUAAGAAACAACGAAGUACUGGAGACCUGGAGAAGCGAGGGGGAUCCGGAAGUAUACGAUCGACGGGAUCCUCGGCAUCAUGGGUUAGUACUGAUUCUGCGCAGUCGGCUAUGACCAACGCUUCCAUACCGUCCGAUUCCAACGCCAGUUUCGUUAUUGAGGACGAAACCAUGGAUCCAAGUGUGGUAGAAACAUACAUGGGGGAAUGGAAAAACGAUAAGAGGUCUGGUUACGGUAUCAGCGAACGAUCAGAUGGUCUUAAAUACGAAGGUGAAUGGUAUAACAAUAAAAAGUAUGGCUACGGUGUCACUACUUUCAGUAACGGCGAAAAAGAAGAAGGAAAAUACAAAAAUAAUGUUUUAAUAACUAGUCAAAAGAAAAAGCUUUUUUUAAUGAGAAGUGCUAAAUUUAGGGAAAGGAUAGACGCUGCUGUAAACGCUGCCCAACGAGCUUCAAAAAUAGCAUUACAAAAAUCUGAUAUAGCUAUUAAUCGAACAGCCACGGCUAGGGGAAAGGCUGAGCAAGCUGAUAUAGCUGCAGCUCACGCUAGAGAAGACUCUGAUAUUGCAGAAGGAGUGGCUAAGCAGUAUGCGCCAGAUUUCAAGCAACCUGGUUUAGAAAGGCUAAAAGCUAGACAAAAUAAAUAUAGGGAAAUGCAAAUGCAAAAUCAGAGCAUGGAUAUGGAUAAGAAGCCUACAAUGAACUCUAUUAACCAAAUGUCUAAUAUGCCUCACCAAAUUCCGAACCAAAUCCCUAACCAAAUACCCAAUAAAGCAACGCAAAUGUCCAACCAAUCCCAAUAUAAAAUGGGAUGGACGAAUCCUAGCCAAUCUAGUCAAAUCCAAAGUAAUAGUUAUUCACAACAACCUUCCAACCCAUACCCUCAAGCGCAGUACUUAGAUCCUAAUGUCAAAACGAAUAACCCCUAUAACAAUCCUUCCAGUAGUAAUCCUUACAAUAGUGCCAGUAAUCCUUCCCAAACACUUGUAAAUGACCAUGGACCACUCCAUCCCAAUAAUUCUGCUGAUAUAGCGCACGACAUAGGCUUUAAAUCAUCACCAAAUACUGAAAUUGGUUUCAAGGGAGCUAACCAGGAGAUUGGCUUCAAAAAUACCGUUUCGCCGAGAAACUCCAUACCCACGGAAGACUCUAUGCAGGGUAAUGCUAUAAGGAGGAUGUCGAGGAGAGUUUCGGGAGAUCGACCAUACUUAGGAAAUAUCGGACAGCAGUCCUCAAUAGACCAUUUUGACCAUUACAAGAGGCCGCCUAGUAGAGACUCCAGUGUUGAUAGGUAA